AUGGUCAGCUCCUGCUGUGGCUCCGUCUGCUCUAACCUGAGCUGUGGAGGAGGCUGCUUCCAGCCCCAGAGCUUCGGGUCCGGCUGCUGCGGCCGCCCCUGCCCGCCCCCGCUCUCUUGCCAGACCACCGUCUGCCGGCCCGUCAGCUGCGUGCCCCGAUUCAGCCGCCCUUGCUUCCAGCCCUGCAGCCGCCCCGAGCCCUGCUGCCUCCAGCCCGGCUGCUGCCAACCUAUCUCCUGCUGCCCCUCCUCCUGCACCGCCGUCGUCUGCCGGCCUUGCUGCUGGGCCUCCACUUGCUGCCAGCCGAUUUCCGUCCAGUCCCCUUGCUGCAGGCCCCCCUGCUGCCAGCCUGCUCCUUGCCGCAUGACUUGCUGCUGA